AUGUCGUAUCUUGAACAUUAGGUACUAGUUGAAACCAGUCAAAAUAUUUCAGAAGUAGACUAUCAACUGUCUCCUGAAAAGCUAGCUGAACUUGAAGCACUUAUCAAAACCAUGGAAGAGGUCACAAAAAUGAUGGAAUAAGUUCAUGACGAGGUGGAAGUUGAUGGUGUUCUGUACACAGCGACUCAAACUGCUGCAAAAUUUGCUUUUGAGGCCUUCGAUUAUGGAAUCUAAUCGAUAGGGUUUAUUCUCACAGAAGCCAGAGACCUGAUUGACAUUAUCUAAAUAGUCAUUGACAAAACUGGAGAGCAGUACUUCUAGAUAUCUUUGAUUAGAGACCUCAAGGAACCUCUCAUUAACUUAGGGCACUGGAUAGGGACCAUGAAACACUACACGGAGAAUAUCCAAUAAAAUUAUUUCGCUCAAUCAAUUCUAGUUCUUAAUAAAAUAUAAAAGAACUAUAAUAAAAACUAAGAUUUAUAUACUCAAGUCUAUAAAGAAUGGUCUAAAUUUGAACUAGCUCGGACUGAUGACUUUUAAAGCGAUUGGGCAGAUAUUGAAAAAGCAAUCAACAGGAUUGCAGAUCAGUUUCUCUCUGCUUUGAACUCCCAAAAAAUCAAUGAUAUGAUGGCAUCUGUGGCGAGAAUGUUCAGCUCAAAAUGCGAGUAGGCUGUAAUGGCUAGCGAGGUUGCUGCUGCUCAUGCUGCUGUAAACAAUGCUUAGAGAACCUUGAAAAAAGCUAUUGCUUCGAAAUAUGAGCUUCUUAUUGUUAGAGAAUGCAUAGUCAAAGCAUUAACCUAAAUGAAUGCAAUUUCGCACCUCCAUCCUACCUUACUUACUACUGCUCAGAUUAUGAAGUUCACCACUGCUAAGGUUACUUCAUUGGUCAAAGAAACUAAGGUAUAAAUCGAAAGAAAUUCAAAAUACAACCCAGGAUUUGCUUCCGAGAUGCUUCUUGAGUAUUACGAGACUAACAGCAAAUUGCUGGUAAGAUAUGUGCAAGCUUGGGAUGUCUUGCAAUCCAAGGCCAUAUCGGGAACACCAACAAUUAUUAUUAAGUUGAAAUGA